UUAACAACCGUCGCUAAGAAUAACAGAGAAAGAAGAGGAGGCCUCUUCAAUUUUGGUACAGCAGUUUGUCUUCUGACAUUAAAUUACAGAUCGAGCAGAAAGAACAAGGUCACGUCAUAUUGACCGGACGGGCGUGACGAUGUCAAAAGACAGUCGGCACGAUGGUCGUCGGCGCGGCGGAGUUCAGCAUCGGGGCGGCCAGAGAGCGACUCUGAGCGGGGACGCCAGAGAGAGAUCGGGCAGUAACAGCUCCGGCUCCUCACACGGAGGAGGUAAAGGCAGGAGCACCUCCAUCAACGCUGCCCUGAAGGCCUCCUUCCAGCGCUCCAAUAGCCAUGACAAGGUGAGGAAGAUCGUAGCGGAGGAGGGACGUGCUGCUCGCAACCUCAUUGCCUGGAGUGUGCCUUUGGAGAACAAGGAGGAGGAAGGCAAAUACACACAAACGAACGGAAAGCCAAAAGCUCAUAACAACAGCAAUGCGAGAGCUCAGCGUAUUAACGCUGGACAACAUAGGAACAAAAAACAGCCCAUGUUGUUGGACUGCAAAGCAGCAGCAGGGUCCAUGCUGGAUAAAGGAGCUGAGAAAAGCCCCACUAAAUCCAGGCAGCCACGCAAAGUAGAUCUGAGGGCACGUUACUGGGCGUUCCUCUUCGAUAACCUGCGCCGAGCCGUCGACGAGAUCUACGUCACAUGUGAAUCAGACCAGAGCGUUGUGGAGUGUAAGGAAGUUCUGAUGAUGCUGGACAACUAUGUACGGGACUUUAAAGCUCUCAUUGACUGGAUCCAGCUGCAGGAGAAGCUGGAGAAAACCGAUGCCCAAAACAGACCUACUUCUUUGGCAUGGGAGGUUCGCAAGAUGUCCCCUGGACGCCAUGUGAUGCCCAGUCCUUCAAAAGACCGACUUGUUCCAUCUCCCAGUGUUCGCCGCGCCCUCAAUUUCGGGGGUCCUACUCCUACUCUUGCCGUAUCGUGUCUUUCUCACUCUGGACACAGCUAUGCUGACCGUGUGAAGUGCUCCCAGGCACUGCCUGUGCUCAACCAGAGUGCUUCAGUUCCUACAAACAACAUUUACGAAUGCAAACCAUGCAAAAAAGAUGCUGAUGGCUGGGAGACAGUGCAGCGGGGCCGCUCCAUGAAACCUCGUUCCAUUGCGAUGGUGGCCAAGGUCAGUCCUGUGCUGGCCCAUGUCAGGCCCAAAGAUGCGAGAGAUAAGGAGAACCAGCAGCUCCAGGACAAAGUGCAGAGACCUGAGAAGCAGCAGGGUGACAGCAAGCUCAUCUCCCCAGAGCAAAACCCAGAGUGUGAGAAGGCCACCGUACUCGAGCCCCAAUCCAUGGCUGAAGUUCUGGCUAAGAAGGAGGAGCUGGCUGAUCGGUUAGAGAAAGCUAACGAGGAGGCCAUAGCCAGUGCCAUCGCCGAGGAGGAGCAACUUACCUUGGAGAUCCAGGCCGAAAACAAUGAACUGGAGAGGGACAGCGAGAGUGAUUUUUCAGUCAGCAUUGGAGGUGGAGUCUGGAGUGAGAUGCUGUCUGAUUAUGACGUGCGAGAACCCUGGCAUCAGAGCACCUCAUGGGGGGACAUCCCGGAGGAGGAGCCAUCUCGGCCUCCUGGCCAUGGCAUCCACAUGCACGAGAAGCUCUCCUCACCAUCACGGAAAAGGACCAUCGCUGAGUCCAAGAAGAAACACGAAGAGAAGCAGCUUAAAGCUCAGCAGCUACGAGACAAGCUGAAAGAGGAGAAGAGCCACAAGCUGCAGAAACUUUUAGAGAGAGAGAAGGAGGUUAGGAAGUGGAAAGAAGAGCUUCUAGAUCAGAGGAGGAAGAUGAUGGAGGAGAAGCUGCUCCAUGCAGAGUUCAAGCGAGAGUUGCAGCUCCAGGCCAUUGUGAAAAAGGCACAGGAAGAGGAAGCAAAGGUGAAUGAGAUUGCAUUCAUAAACACACUUGAAGCUCAGAAUAAGAGGCAUGAUGUACUGGCCAAGCUGAACGAGUAUGAACAACGACUCACUGAGCUACAAGAGGACCGCCAGAGGAGGCAAGAGGAAAAGCAGGCCAGAGAUGAAGCUGUGCAGGAGCGUAAGCGAGCUCUAGAAGCAGAGCGGCAGGCACGGGUGGAGGAACUACACAAGAGAAAAGAACAGGAGGCACGGAUAGAGCAGCAGCGACAGGAGAAGGAAAGGGCGAGGGAGGAUGCGGCCCGCGAGAGAGCAAGAGACCGCGAGGAGCGCCUAGCUGCACGGAGUGCUGCUCACCAGGAGGCCGUGGAGGAGCUGCAGAAAAAGAUUCAAUUGAAGCAUGAUGAGAGCAGUCGCAGACACAUGGAGCAGAUUGAGCAGAGGAAAGAGAAGGCGGCCGAGCUGAGCAGUGGCAGACACGCCAACACAGACUACGCUCCCAAACUCACUCCUUACGAGCGCAAGAAGCAGUGCACGCUGUGCAGUGUUGUGAUCACCUCCGAGGUGCACCUGUUCAGUCACACCAAGGGCAAGAGGCACCAGCAGGCAGUAAGGGAGAGCAGCAGCAUCCAGGGAAGAGAGCUGUCUGAUGAAGAGGUUGAGCACCUUUCUUUAAAGAAGUACAUUGUAGACAUCGUGACGGACACCAGCGUGUCUCCUGAGACGAACCACAAUGGAGAGGAGAGACAGAAAGCUCGGAAAAAGGCAAAGAAACUCCGUGCACGGAUGAACUCAAGAGCUAAGGAGUAUGAGACAUCCAUGGAGGCGAAGAUGCAGAUUCCAGAUUCUCCUUACAAGGCCAAACUUCAGCGACUGGUGAAGGACUUGGGAAAGCAGCUGCAGGGGCAGGACAGUGGCCAGUGGGCCAACAACAAAGUGUCUGGUUUGGACAGAACCCUGGGUGAGAUCUCGCGCAUUCUGGAGAAACAGAAUAAUGCAGAUCAGGUAGCGUUUCAAGUGGGAGGGGGUUUGUCUGCACUGGAACAGAUUCUGCAGGUAGUCAUGGCCGCCUCCACUCCCACAGCCGUCCCACGCAUUCCACUUAAGUCCCUGUAUGCCACUGUGAAUGUGUAUUACCUGGCCUGCUCUCGAUGCUACAGCAACUGCUUUUACGUUUUCUACAGCAACAAAAUCGCACCUCUAAUCGACCUCCUUCUCCACCAACUAACGCUCUAUGUUCCUGAUGAGGAUAAGUCCAUCUUUGGCCACACUGUGAACAAACAGAUCUUUGACGGUUUGACAACCGGUCUGCUCCAGACCACUGCUACAGUUGUGGCUAUGCUGGAUCCUUCUGGACUGGAAGCUGGAAAGAUGGCUUCAUGGGCCUUUUCCCCCAAUAUCAAGAUUAAGGCCAUCGAAAACUUCACCACCCGUGCUCAAGACCUCAUCAGCUACGUGGUGAAUACGGGUGUGAUUGACAAGCUGUACGGCUGCUUCCUGUCCGUGCAAGGCCCGAUCGAUGAGUGUCCUAAAAUGUCUGCCUUUCUGGAGCAGGCUGCAGCUUUCCUUUAUGCCAUGUGCAAGUUGUGUUUUGCUGUGAACGUCCGCUCCUCCAGUAUCUUUGACAAUAAGCGGCAAGACCCUACAGGACUGACAGCGCUGCUAAAGAACACUGACCUUGUUGGUGUGCUGCACAUGCUCUACUGUAUUCUGCUGCACAGCACCGUCCCUGAGCCCCAGUCUGGCAGCAUGGCGUUUUUCCAGGAGCCAUACAGCUCUGCUGUGGUCCAGGUGGCACUUCAGGCCCUACGCUUCCUCAACAGCUUUGCCCUGCUUGAUAUUACUGCAUUCCAGUCUGUUUUGGAAGCGGAGGGCUUGUCUUUAGCCUUCAGACACAUCGUGAGCUCUCUGCUGUGGUACUGCUCACAGAACACCUCAGAGGAUGUGUUGCACGAGGUCAUCAUCUGCAUAGGCUACUUCACUGUCAACCACCCGGACAACCAGGUGAUUGUGCAGUCUGGCCGGCAGCCCAGCGUGCUGCAGAAACUGUGUCAGCUGCCGUUCCAGUACUUCAGCCACUCGCAACUUAUCAAAAUCCUCUUCCCCUCACUCAUCAGCGCCUGCUACAACAACCAGCAGAACAAAGUCAUCCUGGAACAGGAGAUGAACUGUGUACUACUGGUCACAUUUAUACAGGAUUGUGCCUCCAGUGAGAACCAGACUAACAGGAGGCCCUCACAGCAAGAGAGGAGCUCUGCUCUGCCAGAUUACUGUGAGCUGUCCAACCGCUUCCCCCGAGACCAGUGGGACUCAGCACUUCAGUUCUUCCUCAACAAGCAGGAAGAGUAAGCGAGACAAGGAGUCAACACUGGAAUACACACAGAGUCCUUCAGUACAUGCUCCAGAGCAGUACACGGUAGACUAUAGCACGGCUGUUUGUACCGGCACAUUUUGCUCUAAGCACAAAAUAAAAAAAAAAUUUAAAAACUUUCACUACAUCAUUUGAGUUACUGUACGUGGGCUUUAGGCCAAGUCUGACAAGUAUGUGCCUGCAUGUAGCAACUGAUUUUUUCGACCGGAUUUUCUUAGAGCUUCUUAAUAACGGUGCAUUUAACCAAAUAAUCACAUCAUAAAUUCAGAUUAACUUUUUGGAUGUGCACACUGUAAUAAACCGUACUCAAUGCAAAUACUUAAGGGUGGCAUAACAAGCAACGUUUAUAAAUUUGUUUGAAUGUAUGAACAUAUUUGCUAUGUAAAUAUACUGUUAUUAGAAGCUGUCAGUUUCACGUGAAAUCAGUUAUCUUCUGAAUGAAUGGAUCUGUUGAAAGUUUUUUUUUUUUGGAAGUGCACAAUAGUUUACUGUUCUUUUUCCCGAGCUGGAUGUCAAUCUUUUUGGUUUAUUAAUUGUACGGUUUUGUAUUUUGUUUUGUAAAUAAAAGGUGUCAUUUCUUUGAUUAUUAUUAUUAUUUGUGUUCAGAGUAGACCAAGUUACUACAAUUUUAUGAUAUUAAAUUGAUAUGCAUAAAAUACAAAACUGAAAAUUGUUUGUUAGAGUAUGUAGUCUGGAUUCCAGACUUCUUUCCUGUGUUUCAUAAUUAUAAUUUAUUCAGCCUCGUUAUAUAUUUACAUUUAUUUGUCACAAAUGCUGUGUAAGGCAUUUUUUAUUUUAAUCAUGUCCUUUUCGUUGUAUUUCUCUCUAAGAGGUGAAGCACUUAUAAUUUAUAGAAAAAAAAAUCCCCUAUUUAAUAAACUUUUAAAGGCUCGUGUGUAUCUUGUGAUCUUGCUUGUAAUGACUACGAAAUAAAAAAAUAAUUUAGUAAGA